CUCCAAGAACGCCAGAACGCGUGCUGCACCGCGGCGGCUCAGCAGCUUUACAAACUACCGAAGAGCGUCCCCGGCUCACAGCAGCAGAAGACGCCCUUGAACUUGCUCCAGCAGCGGCAGCAUCAGCAUCUCCGCCUGUACCCGGGCCAGCACCGUCAGCUGAGCCCCCCUGUUCUGUUCCCGAGCGAUCUCCGGGACGAGCCGGAACCGAGGGCGGCGGAGAAACAAAGCUUCCCGGCGUUUCACGAGUCGUCGUCAAAUGACCUACUUUCGGACUUGUUCGCUGACCCACUUUUGGUGGAGAGAAUAGCCAUAAACCAGGUGACCAUGAACAUUUUGUAAUAUUUAUUUUACACUCUCUCUCAUUCGCGUGUCAUUAAAUUUAACCUCUAUAAUUGUUAAAAAUAUAUAGCUAGCACUCUAAAUGUGACAUGAUUUAAACGCUUCAUAUUACAUCAUUUAAACACUCCAUAUUAAAUCAUUCAAACGCUACUCAUCUUAAGUGUUUUUCUUCCAGAUUCGCCAACAAUUCCUCAUUCACCAAGCAAACUGCCUGAUGAGAGACACCGCCAUGUGGGCGCUCAGAGAUUCGGUCUACGGCAACGACAUGGAAUAUUACGCUUCUUUGUACAGGAUCAAGAUUAAGGACAUUCUUAUCGGAAC